AUGACUUAUUUAUUUGAUCCAUCCAUUUUGGGAAAUGUUUCGCUAGACUCAGUCAUUAAAGACAAAGACGUAACAACGAACCUGGAGGAUAGAAAUCACAAAUAUCACCUUCGCCCGUUGAAAUCAUCGGACUACGGUUUGUUUGUUUAUUUACUUAUUUUUCUUAUUUCAGAUUAUUUGCGAAUUCUCAAGCAAUUAACUGAGGUUGGGAAUGUUAAUGAGAGUGACUUUGAAAAACGAUUUCAUGAGUUCGCAUCUCGUCCAAGCACGUACUUUAUUAUAGUGCUGGAAGAUUUAACUAGCGGAAAAAUUGUUGGAUGUGCAACCUUGGUGGUCGAGCUAAAGUUAAUUCACAAGUGUUCCAAGCGGGGCCAUAUUGAAGACGUUGUAGUUGAUGAGACUUGUCGAAAACAAGGACUUGGUAAACUGUUGAUUGGGACUCUGAUCAAAGUUGGUGAGGCGGAAGGAUGUUACAAGAUAUCUCUAGAUUGUAGCAAAGAUAAGGUCGAAUUCUACGAACGGAAUGGAUUCAAGCAAGAAACAGUCUCGAUGUGUGUUCGGUUAUCAGACUAGACUUCAGAAAGUCUCCUGGGUUUAGGGUCGUAG